CCAUGCGAAUAUGAGCUUUGGCAAAGUCCCUUAAUUGAGGCUGGAAAUAAGGGGCUGGAUUGUUUCAUGUGGCGCUCACAAUUCUUGCCAAUAUGUUCACAUCUGCAUUUCGCUCGCUCGUCCGAACAAGAUGGAUGUCGCUGAGUGGUUUAGCAAGCUUUAUCAAUCACACCACAUUCACAAAUCCUUCUUCUGUACUUGGCCAAGUGUCUGCCGCGACCAAGGUCAGAGCACCCGGACAAGUUCACGCCGGAGAAUUUAAUAUGAGUUUUAAUGUCAUAUCACUGAGCAAAUGCAGCUGGUAGCCGGAGUUUUCAAA